AGAAAUUCAAUCAUUACCUACUACCAGCGAGCCCUUCUUCCCGCCUCCUCAGCAUUUGCACUCUUCUUUACCUCUAUCCAUCCACUCCAGUUCACGGUCAAGAUGAUUCGGGCAGGCGCCGCAAGAGCGCUGUAUGCAGCCACAAGGACCCAGGUCCCCCGACAAUUACCUGCUUUCCGAUCUCGAAUCUCUACCUCCCUGCUACAAUCAUCACGAGUCACUCCCUCUUUUGUUGUUCCAAGCAUACGAUACUACUCAGCGCCCGCCGGCCUGUCGAAAGAGGAGGUGCAAGGGAGAAUAAUGGAUCUUUUGAAGAACUUUGACAAAGUCACAGAUGCAUCAAAGAUCAGCGGCACGGCACACUUUCAGAAUGAUCUUGGAUUGGACAGCUUGGAUACCGUCGAGGUCGUGAUGGCCAUUGAAGAAGAGUUCAGCAUUGAGAUCCCGGACAAGGAGGCUGACGCCAUUCACAGCGUCGACCAAGCAGUCACUUACAUUUGCGCCCAACCUGACGCACACUGAUGCGUGUUUGCCGGGCGCUGGGGGUUGUUGGUUGUAGACGCGGUUCAAGAAUCACAAAAAUAUCAAAGCACUGUACAUUUUCCAGUGGUGAGGAAAUGGAUUGCCCUUGUACUAUCAUCACACAAGACUAGAUCUACCGGAUCUCCACGAUGGUCUCUGAACAAAACCACCCAUUUCUAUCUUCUUUUGGUCUAUAUUUACGUCUAGCCUGUGAAGACCGGUGGUUGCUGGUCAGACAACUCCAGACUGCCUCAGCUCAGCGACCUCAGCGGAGUCAUAGCCGAGCUCCCCCAGAACCUGGUCGGUAUGCUCACCCAACAAUGGUGGCUUUAGCCUCACAUUCAUCUGUGCUCCCUCAAACUUCACGGCAGGUCCAAUCAGCCUGAGCAUACCAUCUCUUGCUGCUUCAAAGUCCUCCACGUCGACCACCAUAUUCCGGGCUUUCCCUUGAGGAUGCUCCAACGCCUCGACCACGUCGUUGAUCGCACCAUAUGGCAAUCCACUGCCUUCAAAUGCAGUCAUCCAC